ACAAUAUAUAAAAGGUAGGUUCUUAAGUACAAAGUAACCCCGUUAGAACCAGAAUAAUCGCUACACUCUGCAAUGGAACCUCUGGGAGCAACAACUGUUUUCCUGGCGGUUUGUGUCUCUUGCCUUCUUUUCCUUUCCGCAUGGAGAAAGAUGUCUGGAAGUGGGAAGCUGCCGCCUGGCCCUGUUGCUUUUCCCAUCAUAGGGAACACACUGCAGCUGAAUACGAGGAACUUGCCCCAAUCUAUACAUGAGCUCAGUGCAAAGUAUGGCCCAGUUUUCACAAUAUACUUGGGCUCACUGCGGGUUGUGGUGCUGUAUGGACAGGAGGCUGUGAAGGAAGCUCUGAUUGAUCAAGCGGAUGAGUUCAGUGGAAGAGGAAAACUGCCACUGGCUGACAAGCUUAUCAAAGGAGAAGGCAUUAUUUUCAGCAAUGGGGAGCGGUGGAAGCAGCUUCGACGAUUUGCCCUCACCACCCUCAGAAACUUUGGGAUGGGGAAGAAAAGCAUUGAGGAACGAAUCCAAGAGGAAGCCCGUUUUCUGGUUGAAAGGCUCAGAAACACACACGAGCGACCCUUUGACCUCACCCUCCCUCUCACCCACGCUGUCUCCAACAUCAUCUGUUCCAUUGUCUUUGGGGACCGGUUUGACUAUGAAGAUCAGAAGUUUCUGACAAUAAUUAAUCUCACAGAAGAAAAUAAUGAACUCUUUCGCUCUCUCCUGGGACAGCUGUACAAUUUUUUCCCAACUCUCAUGGAUUAUAUACCUGGGCCACACCAGCUGUUAAUUAAAAAUUCGGAGGAGUUGAAAAGGUUUGUUCUGGAGAAGGUCAAGAUGCACAAAGAGUCUCUGGAUCUUAGCUGCCCUCGAGACUUCAUUGAUGCUUUCCUCAUCAAAAUGGAACAGGAACGACAGAACAGCCAGUCGGAAUUUAACACUGAUAACUUGGUAAGAAGCACAUUGGAUUUAUUCUUUGCUGGAACGGGGACAUCCAGCACCACCCUGAGAUAUGCACUCCUGAUUCUUCUGAAAUACCCAGAAAUAGAAGAGAAAGUUCAUGAAGAGAUUGACCGUGUGGUUGGCCGAACCCGAAGCCCCUGCAUGGCAGACCGAAGCCAGAUGCCCUACACAGAUGCUGUGAUACAUGAGGUGCAGAGAACUGCUAACAUUGUCCCGAUGGGUGUCCCACAUGCAGUGACCAGAGACACUCAUUUCAGACAAUAUAUUAUCCCCAAGGGCACCACUAUAUUCCCCGCCCUGCAGUCGGUUCUAUAUGACAGCAGGGAAUUUCCAAAGCCAGAGCAAUUUAACCCGGGACAUUUCUUAGAUGAAAAUGGUGCCUUUAAGAAGAGUGACUUCUUCAUUCCUUUUUCUGCAGGGAAGCGGAUUUGCGUGGGAGAGGGUCUGGCUCGGAUGGAGCUAUUUUUGAUACUGACAACGAUUUUGCAGAAUUUUACCUUGAAGCCUCUCGUUGACCCCAAGGACAUUGAUAUAACUCUAGUGACGAGUUUUGUGUCAAAUGCACCAAAACCAUACCAGCUCUGUGUUUUGCCUCGAUAAAGACCAUGAAAAGCCACCACAGUGUGCUAGAGUAGUGCAUGAAUUUUGUUGUCUCUGGUCCUGGAUUAAUUAAUACAGAAAUUAACUCACUGUAUUGUAAUAGAGACAGAUAAAUACUUACAAAGCUGGGUUAACUGGGAUUUAACAAAAUUAAUUGUAAUACCAAAAAAAUAAAUAUAUAAUGGCUCCCACCUCAGCCAGGUGUAGUAACCCUCCAGUGUUCUCAGAUGUGACUCUAUUCUUGACAAAAGCUGGGUAUGUUUUCAGUUGAUUUUUGUGGUAGUUCAUUUCUGGUAUAGCAUUUUGGAAGCUUAGGUUGGCAUGUGCUAGCUACUGUACAAUACGCUGAGGAGGCUGCACACUUUGUCUUACAAAUAAAUAUGCUCUAAUUGAAAUAGGCUGAAAAAGAA